GCCGCGGCGGGAGAGCGAUCACCGGGGCGGCGGCGUCCUGGAGACUCCUGAGAGAUGGAAGCGGCGGCGCCGAAGGCGGCCGAGGUGGCUGGGCGCGAGGAACUAGAUAUGGACGUAAUGAGACCCUUGAUAAAUGAGCAGGAUUUUGACGGCACAUCAGAUGAAGAACAUGAACAAGAGCUCCUACCUGUUCAGAAGCAUUACCAACUUGAUGGUCAAGAGGGCAUUUCGUUUGUACAGACUCUUAUGCAUCUUCUUAAAGGAAAUAUUGGAACUGGUCUUUUAGGACUUCCAUUGGCAAUAAAAAAUGCAGGCAUAGUGCUUGGACCAAUCAGCCUUGUGUUUAUAGGGAUUAUUUCUGUCCACUGUAUGCACAUAUUGGUACGUUGCAGUCACUUUCUAUGUCAGAGGUUUAAAAAAUCAACAUUAGGCUAUAGUGACACUGUGAGUUUUGCUAUGGAAGUGAGCCCAUGGGGCUGUCUUCAGAAGCAAGCAGCAUGGGGACGGAGUGUGGUUGACUUUUUUUUGGUGAUAACACAACUGGGCUUCUGUAGUGUUUAUAUUGUCUUCUUAGCUGAAAAUGUGAAACAAGUUCAUGAAGGAUUUCUGGAGAGUAAAGCAUUUGUUUCAAAUGGUACCAAUGCCUCAAAUUCAUGUGAGAAAAGAAGUGUUGACCUAAGGAUAUACAUGCUUUGCUUUCUUCCAUUUAUUAUCCUUUUGGUCUUUAUUCGUGACCUGAAGAAUCUGUUUGUGCUUUCAUUCCUUGCCAACAUUUCCAUGGCCAUCAGUCUCGUGAUAAUUUACCAAUAUGUCAUUAGGAAUAUGCCAGAUACCCACAAUCUUCCAAUAGUGGCAGGUUGGAAGAAAUACCCACUCUUUUUUGGUACUGCUGUUUUUGCUUUUGAAGGCAUAGGAGUGGUCCUUCCACUGGAAAAUCAAAUGAAAGAAUCAAAACGCUUCCCCCAAGCAUUGAAUAUUGGCAUGGGAAUUGUUACAACUUUGUAUAUAACAUUAGCUACCUUAGGAUAUAUGUGUUUCCGUGAUGAAAUCAAAGGCAGCAUAACUUUAAAUCUUCCCCAAGAUGUAUGGUUAUAUCAAGCAGUGAAAAUUUUAUAUUCCUUUGGCAUUUUUGUGACCUAUUCAAUUCAGUUCUAUGUCCCAGCAGAGAUCAUUCUUCCUGUGGCCACAUCCAAAGUUCAUGCUAAAUGGAAGCAAGUCUGUGAAUUUGGUAUAAGGUCCCUCUUGGUUAUUAUUACUUGUGCUGUAGCAAUUCUGAUUCCUCGUUUAGACAUUGUGAUUUCCUUCGUUGGAGCUGUGAGCAGCAGCACGUUGGCUCUGAUCCUACCACCGUUGGUUGAAAUUCUUACAUUUUCAAAGGAACACUACGAUAUAUGGAUGAUCCUCAAAAAUAUUUCUAUAGCAUUCAUUGGAGUUGUUGGUUUCCUAUUAGGCACAUAUGUAACUGUUGAAGAAAUUGUUUAUCCUGCUCCCAAAGUCAUAACUGAUACUUCACAAAGUCUCUCUAUAAAUUUGAAUACAACAUGUUUGACACCUGGUUUGAAAUAGUGAAAGCAAAAUAAUUUUUGACUUAAUUCUGAAAGUGAUUAAAAUAAGAACUAGAAUACAUUGUCAUGUACUGAAAAAUAGAACCAAACUCUGUUCUCUUUUGGUACAAUAUUAAAUUUUUGACAGUAAAUUGUAGUUCUUUGCUAGUAGUGGCAAACUAUGGCAGAUCCUUUAAGUAUUAGCAAUAAUUUCAUGAAGUUUAAUUUUGAAAACUGAAAAA